AUGAACUGCAGCCCAGGGGUAACCAACAAGAAACUGCCCAUCUCACUCUGCUUGCCUGCAAUGCACAGAGAAUCUGCCGGGAGCCUGGACUGCCAGACCUACUGAGCGUAUUUCAGAUGUACAGCUACCUUUUCAUGAAAACAAAACAAGGAAUUGGCCGUGUCCCUGGGAAGGCUGAUGGCUCUUGUGGUGUCUUCCCACACCCAUGGUGUUGGUCAGAGGCACCUGCUGCUCGGGCUCUGGUUCUGGUAAGGGUGGCCACGGGCACUUUUUAUAGCCCAGGAAGCAGGUCAGCACAGUAUGCCCUGUCUGUGGAGCCUGGGCAGGAGCAGCACUGAGAGACCUUCUGUUUACCAAGCAGAUCUCACCCAUUUGUGUUCCUCACCGAGUACUGCCCGGUCUGGAGAAAAUAUUCGUCUCCGGGUAAUAGAAUCUGAAGCCCACCAUGUCUUCAUGGUCACCGCCUGCUGGGACCCUGACUAUGGCACUCUCAUCCAAGAGCUGUGCCUCACCCGCUUCAAGGAGGACAUGGAAGCCAUCGGCAAGACUCUGUGGUGUGACUGGGGGAAGACUAUAGGGAGCUACGGGGAGCUCACUUACUGUACCAAGCAUGUGGCAAACAAGAUUGGCUGUUUCUGGCCGAAUCCAGAAGUGGACAAAUUCUUCACCACUGUCCAUCACCGCUACUUCAGCAAAUGCCCCGUCUCUGGCAGAGCGCUGCGGGACCCGCCCAGCAGCAUCCUCUGCCCUUUCAUCAUGCUCCCCAUCACAAUCACGCUGCUCGUGACUGCACUGGUGGUCUGGAGGAGCAAGCGCACGGAGGGCAUCGUGUAGGUAUCCCAGGCGACGGGGAGCUGGGGCAUCAUGGGCCUGGACUAGCAACAGCAUCGGGAUGAUAGCAAGGCAGGCCCCGCGUUGCAUCCUGCUCUAACCUAGCUAGCACAGGACUUCCGAGUGGCUCUGCAUUAAGCUGAACGUGCUCUAGGUGGAGGCCUCUAGCAAGGGAGGCCUCUGAAAGAGUUCUAAGUGCCAGAUCUCUGGUAUACACCUCACUAUUGUGGACUUUCUUGACCUCCAAGCAAAACUGCAUAGACGUGUUUGUGGAUGCAUAGUUUGUGAUUAAAAGAGUAUUCUUAAA